AACAAUGGGUAAUGAACCACGAGAAAAUUUUAUUACACAAUGUGCAGAAGAUGAAAAAAGAUUUGAAAAACCCAUAAAACAAAAUAAAGUGCUUAAUUUUACAGACAAUAUGCAAAAAAAGAAAAUGACAGUGUCAGGAAAAGUUGUUGAACUGCGUAUGCAACGUGACUUGUUUGGCCAAUUUUUAUGCAUAUCUUUGCAAAAAUCUCUAGAUAUAGAUAAAGUUUUAAUAUAUCCUCUAACGCCAGUGCCAUUAUCAAUGUGUCACAUGGAUGGAUCUAUUUGCAAAACUAAUAAGGCAGCUCUAUUAAAAGUACUCGAGCAGCAGAUUGAGCCGCAUACUCCGGAGCAUACUAACGUGAAGGUGUUCGAUGGAUUUUUUAUGCUUCAUUUGAUGAGGGAAAUUCCAGCUACUUACGGAAACAUAUCUACUAAAAUUUUAAGUACAUUUUUCCUUCAAUCAAAGAUAAUGAACAUUCUUUAAGAGGAAUGCAAGUCACAC